AUGGAUGGUGAUAUGGAAGCUCCUAAUCCCGAUAUGGACAUGGCUGCCGCCGAUGAUGAUGCCGUUAAGGAAUUGGAUGAGAUGAAGAGACGAUUGAAGGAGAUGGAGGAUGAAGCUGCUGCCCUGCGUGAGAUGCAGGCUAAGGUCGAGAAGGAAAUGGGAGCUCAAGAUCCUGCUACUAUUGCAGAAAAUCAAGCAGGCAAGGAGGAGGUGGAUGCUCGAUCGGUCUUUGUUGGCAAUGUUGAUUACGCGUGUACACCUGAAGAAGUGCAGCAGCAUUUCCAAACAUGCGGCACUGUCCACAGGGUGACAAUUCUGACAGACAAAUUCGGACAGCCAAAGGGAUUUGCUUACGUGGAGUUUGUGGAAGUCGAAGCUAUACAAGAGGCUCUACAACUGAAUGAAUCAGAGCUCCAUGGUCGUCAAUUAAAGGUCUUGCCUAAGAGAACAAACGUUCCUGGAUUGAAACAGUUCCGUGGUAGACGAUUCAACCCGUACAUGGGUUACCGGUUCCGCAGACCUUUCAUGCCUCCUUAUAUGUAUUCUCCAUAUGGAUACGGGAAAGCUCCGAGAUUCAGAAGGCCAAUGCGUUACAUGCCUUACCAAUAA